AUGGCUGAAGAAGACCUCGGCCAAGCGGCCGGUGUUGAGGAAUUCCCUGCAUCUCGCGAGGAUUACAGCAACUUCUUCACCCUGAAAUCCCAAGGCCAGCCAGUGAACCAACUUACUGGUGCCCCUAAAGAAUUCACCCUAAAUUCGCUGGACAUGCUGGAAAGAACAGAAGACUUUGAGGAUUGUUCAGAGAUGCAUGCCAGAUCCUUAAAAAGAAAGGACUCUCGCCUCGUUGACCCAAAAUGCGACAGACCUAAGGUUACAUCUGCCGAAGCAGAGACAUGGGUCGAACACUCCCAUGCCAUACAAAUGUGGCUUCAACAAUCUGUUUCGAAGGAGAUCGAUGCAAUGGUCAAGGCUAUGAGAUUCCGAUGCGAAUUCGCUGAUGAAUAUGUCAUUAGCUUGAAAAAGGCCCUCCAUACCACCGGCUUCAUUCCUAGCAAAAAAAGGGUGACUAGGGUUCUACGAACCUACCGGGCUGACUACCCAUCGGCGAUCGAUUUUGUGCAUGAAUUUCGCAGUGCCUACACCAAAGCAACAGAAGAAGUCCGACUUGCCCCAGGCAUGAUCGUUUCCCUACUUCUGGAUGAAUUACAAAGUGACAUCCCAACCUUUGUAGCUGCUAGAUUAGCAGACUAUUCCAACAGAUACGAAAAUAUCGCAAAAAUCACCGCCCCAGACCUUUUUCGAACCUUCACGGAGGUAAUUCAUGAGCUUGAAAUCGUCAGUUACCAAUUCUCAACCCUUACAGCUACUACAGUUGCUAGGCCCCUACGCUCCCCACCAAUUUCGCCAUCAUCCUCACUAUCUUCCUUAUCCUCAUCCUCAUCAACUAAGCAUGAAUACCUACCAUUCAAACAUAUGCCCCCGAGAGGUAAAUCGCCAUGGGAAUGGGCAAAAGAAUGGACUGAAGGCCCAAAUCAGAUCGCUCCGAACGGCAAUUGUUCCUUUUGUGGAAGGAAGGGCCAUACGACUGAGGACUGCGCCCAUCUGGUUAUUACUUCACGAACCGCAAAGUGGAAACCCGUCAAAGGUAUUUGGGUGAUCAAGAAAACCAGUGGCCAGGAUCAAAAUCAGCCAAAACCAAUUUCUGUUGGAAAGAAUGAUGGGAACAAAAAUUCGAUCACCUCAAAGGGAUCCCAAUCCCAAUCCCAAUCCCAAUCCCAAUCCCAAUCCCAAUCCCAAUCCCAAUCCCAAUCCCAAUCCCAAUCCCAAUCCCAAUCCCAACCAUACGGAAGGAACCUUGAAGAAGAAGAUCAUGCGGGCGCAAAUAUAGCAAUGCAAUUUGAUGAAGAAGAAGAUGAAUACUACGCCCUAACGGCAGUAGAAUUUGACUGUGCCGAUACGACCUCAAUUAAAAGAAACCCUUCUACUGAGCAGACUGUGCAAGAAAGACUCCAUGAUAUGAAGAUCCAAAAUGCCAAAAAGACAACCGACAUAACCGUGAAACGAUCAAAUGGGCCUAACCAAAAUACUACCCGCGCGGAUGACGGCCAACAUGAAAAUCCCGACCGCAACACCUAUUCUAACAUGAGCCCAGAUACCCAAGAAAAAACCCAAAUCUCACAAACUUCCUAUGCUCUAAAAAUUCCGCUUGUGCAACAGAAAGAAGGACAAGGACUUGAUCUUCUACCUCCUCAAGUCCAAUUUCCAAAAGACCCAGAAUUGCGCGAAGGACGAAUUUUUCCCCAACCCGCUCCAAACCCUCCAAAGCGGCUAAUACUCGACCGGAUCCUGAAAUUCAAAUCCCAAGAGACCUAA